UGAGUUAGUUGAUAACAACCAUAACAAGAAUUCUAAUUAGAAGUUCGUUUACAACAAGUUAUGUUUUGAAUAGAGAUUAUUACGUCCGAUGGCACUAAAUAUAGGAAAAGGGACGUAACAUGAAAACAGAUAACAAAACCAAAGUUGCCUGUUCAAACGUUUCUUGACGUUUGUUUUGAUUUAGCUCAUCUCUUCCUCUUGAUUUGGUGUAAACUUUGUUGUCUUGUGUUUUUCUUCAUCCCUCUCUUACAUAUCAUUUUUUUUCCUUCUGAUCCUCCAAAACUCUCUAUAACCAUUCCAAUGGGACACGGCCCACGCUCCCAACCAUUGGAUUUGACCAACAUCUUCAAGAUUUCAAAAAAUAAGCCAUUGAAAGACGUCACCAAGGCUUACAAAUCGCUCAUAUCCAAACGGAGUCAUGACAAGAAAAGCCCCGGGAAUCCGACAACAUCCCCAGGGUCCGAGGAAUUUGAUAAUAAGAGAGUGGAUGAAGAUAUUUGGAGUCCUAAAUUUUUGUCAAGGGCAGCAAGUAGAUUAUCCAAAACACCAACACCAAAAUCAAGGCCUAUGUCAAGAAAUGGAAGCAGGAGAUCAUGCACAACACCAAGUUCUCUAUCAAGAAAUUCUAGUCGAAAGAGUGCUACAGAAAUUGCUGCAUCAUCUAUCAAAAGGAUGAUGAGCAAAAGGAGUUCCUCGGCUUCUUUGUCAAGGAACAAAACAUUGGACAUCUCUGAACCUGAGUUAACAAGCCAUGCCGCCUCUCCAAGAUAUGACACAGGCACAAAAGGGAGCACCGAACAUAUAUCUGGAAUCUCUCUUUCAAGCAAUCUGAGCCAUAGAUCCACAACACCUAUCGUAUUUUCACAGACAACAUCUAGAAAGAAACCCCCAGAUGUUGAGACAAAGCUACAUUGCACACUUGAGGACUUAUGUUUUGGAUGCAAAAAGAAGAUUAGAAUUAGCAGAGAUGUCAUCAAAUAUCCUCCUGGGGUAAUCGUCCAACAGGAGGAAGUCUUAAAAAUUGAGGUAAAGCCAGGAUGGAGAAAAGGAACAAGGAUUACAUUUGAAGGAGUGGGUGAUGAGAAACCUGGAUACCUGCCUGCUGAUGUAAUAUUCUUGAUUGAUGAAAAGAAACACCCUUUGUAUAGCAGAGAUGGCGAUGAUUUGGAAUUAUGUGUUGAGAUUCCUCUAGUGGACGCACUUACAGGCUGCUCCAUACCAAUCCCUCUAUUGGGAGGGGAAAAUAUGGCUCUGUCAUUUGAGAAUACAGUAAUACACCAUGGAUAUGAGAAGGUUAUUAAAGGUCAAGGAAUGCCAAACGCCAAAAAGAAUGGGACAAGAGGUGAUCUUCGUGUCAAAUUCCUGAUUGAUUUUCCCAAAACCUUAACUGAAGAACAGCGGAGAGAAGUUGCUAGUAUCUUGCAAGAUUGUUGCCAAUGAUUGCUACAAAAUAGAGGACAACAGAAUAUUUUAUUAUCAGUUUAAGAAAUUUCUGGUAUCGUGCAUGCAUAUUCAGUCCUAUCCAACACAACAACAUCAAUAUCAAGCACACAAUAAUGGAUGCAUUUCGUGCACAGAGAAUGAGGAUGUUGAGUUGAGCUUCCACAAGAGGGAGGUCAGGGUUGAAAAACAAAGAGAAUUUUCUACUGAUGUUGUCUUCAGCAGUUAUCUCCUUCCUAAGUAGCCUGCCUCUUAAUGUGGCCAAAUGCAAAAUCUUUUAGAUUGGAUAUGUCAACUUGGCAACCAGCACAAUUUGCACCAUUCCAGGCAAAAAUCUCAUACAGAAUGCAACUUCUACGUUAUUGCCAUAGGUUACUUAGUCAGAGGACAUAUCUGAGGAGAUAAGUGUCGCCAAAGAUAUAAGUUUUGUAUGUAUCUAUAACGGUAGGCAACAAUGCAACUAGAGUUUCAGCAGGCCUUUGUUAUUUCAGCUUCUGCUACAAUACAAUGAGCAAAUGUCCAUUUGUACUCUUUUCAGCCAAACAAGACUAGAGAAGGAAAAAUUAAAGGGAAACUGAAUACCAACUGGCAACAUUUUAAUAUAGGCUGUAAUAAUAUGCUUUCAGGUUCAAGGGCUGCAAAUUAAGUCCCUCACCCACUAAACACUACUACCAAUCAGAUGAACUAUCCAGCAAGGCUCAACGUUUCACGCAGAAGGGUAGCAACAAAGAACAAAUAACCUCGUUAAGAGAAACUGAUGAGUUCUAUAGACGAGGCUGAGAAGUCAAGUUUCCAACUUUCGAUCACAAAUUGACAUAAAAUCAUAGACUAUAAUUGAUGGCAAUAUAUAUAUA